AUGGCGGAUCAAGAAGGAGUGGAGAAUCAGGAAAGUAUUGUUGAUGUUGAAACAAUUGAUGAAAAGAUUCCCUUUACCGCACCGGAGGAGAGCGAAAUGUUGGCAGAACAUGAAGCAUUAACGAUUAAACUCGAGGAGCAAGCUAGCGACACAGAAUCAAUGACUGAAAGCAAUGGGAACUCGAAUGAUGCUAACACUGGAAAAACAGGAAAAGGGAGAUCAAGUAAUUGGCGAAAAGGGAAAAAAACUAAGCUGGGAUAUCGUUGUACAAAUUAUUUGAAGGAGGAUCACAAGCAACCAUUAUUUGGUGUAACUUUUAAUUACAAUUUUGAUGAAAAUGCAGAAGAUCCCUUAAUUUUUGCAACUGUUGGAAGUAACAGAGCAUCAAUAUAUCAAUGCAAAGAUAAGGGCGAAAUCAAAUUACUACAAGCUUAUGUUGAUGCAGAUCCUGAUGAGAAUUUCUACACUGCCGCUUGGUCGUUUGUGUUAGAAUCGGGAGAACCGAUCCUUGCUAUUGCUGGAUCUCGAGGGAUUAUUAGGAUAAUUAGUGCUUUUACAAUGCAAUGUUCAAAGCAUUUUCUAGGUCAUGGUAGCUCUGUAAAUGAAUUAAAAUUUCAUCCAUUGGAUCCUGAGUUAUUACUAUCCGUCAGUAAAGAUUAUGCCUUGCGCUUGUGGAAUGUGAGGACAGAGGUUUGUGUUCUGAUGUUCACAGGAGUUGAAGGACACAGGGAUGAAGUCUUAAGUGGUGACUUUGAUAUUUUGGGAACAAGAAUAAUUUCCUGUGGAAUGGACCAUUCUUUGAAAAUUUGGUCUCUUGAUGAAGAGAAGAUAAAAAAGACAAUUGAAGAGGCUGCAGUUUAUAACACCACAAAAUCAGCAAAAUCAUUUAGAACUUUACAAAUCCAUUAUCCGAAGUUUACAACACGAGACAUUCAUAGGAAUUAUGUUGACUGUGUCAGAUGGCUUGGUGAUCUUGUGCUAUCCAAAUCUUGUGAAAACUGUAUUGUCUGUUGGAAACCGAAGAAAACUCUGGAGGAAGUUUUCGCAAAGCCAUCGGACGAAACAAAUGCAGUUACAGUUCUUCAUAAAUUUGAAUAUGCGCAAUGCGACAUAUGGUUUAUGCGUUUUGCGAUGGACUUUCGUCAAAAAACUUUAGCGUUAGGAAAUCAAGUAGGAAAGAUUUAUACGUGGUACAUUGACGUGACAGAUUUACACGAAGCGAAGCAAAAAGUUUUGUCUCAUCCUAAGUGCACUGCUGCUGUUCGCCAAACAUGCUUUAGUAAGGACGGGAGUAUCUUGAUCUGUGUUUGCGAUGAUGGAUCAAUAUGGAGAUGGGAUCGCGCCCAGUGAAUCACGGGACGGUUUAAUGAUUAUAGUUUUGUACAUAACUUUUCCAACAAGAGUAGUACACUGGUUUAUAUAAGUCAGUGUGAUGUAGGCACUUUACUUUUGAUAUCGUGUUGUCGGUGAAACUGGAUAGAAAGCAAAAUUUGCUCGCAUCCAAAGAUCGUUUGAAAACCGGAACGAUGAGCUAAAAUGUUUCCUGAGUAAAUAAAAUAUUCAUAAUCUGUCUUAACCAUUUCAAUAAGAAACUCUAU